GCUGACGUAACACCGAUCAUGAUCGUCCUGGCAGAAAUAUAUUUACUCACGACUCAACGGAGCAAAACGAUUCGCUGAACAACGCAGCCAUCGCGAGGAUCUGACCCCCACGCACGUCGGAGCUCUUCUGACCCUACAUCUCCUCACGUCCAGCUACACAUUCGGGUCUGCAUCGAUACAAUAGCGACAUCCUGCCCAUCGCCUCCCGCUGGAGAAAAAAAAAAUCUCGCAUCCUCCGUAACGGAACCAGCGUUCACAACCCGUGUACAAUGAAUGCCCCCGUCUCGCUGACCCGAAUACACAGACAGGAUUGCGGGCGGCGAGAAGAUUAAAGGGAUGGCUCAUGUUUAUGCAUGAGAUGGCGUGGUACUCACUAUAUAUAUUUAGGGCUCGCCAGCUGCAGCGCUAUUAGGUAACAACACGCUCGGCAUACUAGCCCCCCCCCCCCCCCACACAGAAUGGUUCCUCAUGAUCAAUCCAUACAUAUCGUAUCGCUCGCAAUACUGCUGUGGUGCUGCAUCGCCGCCCCAUCGGAUGCCGGUGAAUUCGAGGGGUUAAUGUCGGGGGUCCAAAUGGGGCUGCUCGCUAACCCGAGCGUGAGGCUGAAGGCAAUGCAAAACGUGGGGGGCACGGCGCCGAGACACGCGCACCCCCACAGCCCUCUGCGCCCCCCAGGAUACAUGCUAGAGCUCUACCGAAAGCUGCGGUCGGACAAGCGUCUCGGGGUGACACCUGCCGAGACGGCGCUGCCCAGGAAUUCGGACACAAUCCGCAGCAUUCCUGCCAAGGGACGACAGGAGACACCGCGCGGGUGGCGUCUCAACUUCGACCUCUCCUCCGUGCCGGGUGACGAGACACUCCAGUUCGCCGAGAUCCGCUUUCGGCCGCCCCCGCGUGCGCAAGACGGGUCGACCGGGCGCGGGCCCGCCUGCUCGGUGGAGAUCUACCACACCUCGCCGUCCGUGUUCGGCGAGGAGCCGGCGGAUCAGCUCGUCGGCUCCUUCACCACCCCCAAGUUCCACUGCGGCGGCGGCGGCAUGGCCGCCGCCGCCGCCGCCGCGUGGAGGAUCGUCGAUUUCACGGAGGACCUGAGGAAGUGGCUUCACCACCGGCACCUGACGGCCAUCCUCAGAAGGUACCUGCUGCUCGCCGUCCCGGCCAGCCGCGAUUGGGCGGGGGGGCACGCGAGGAACGGCGAGGGGCCGGGAGAUACCGAGCGAAUUUUUCUCACCGCCGAUGGCCACAGGGGACUGGAAGCCGCCGGUGGUGGAGUUGACGCCGUCCGGAGCCCGCCACACCCGGCUAGAGCGCGCGACAACUUCACGGACGCCGGGGCGCGCCCGCACAGGAGGUGGAUGUCGAGGCAGGGAGAGGAGCCAGCCACCAUGGUGGUGUUCUCCCGGCUCGACGAGGCGGAGGGCGGCCGCGGCAGCGUCUCGCUGCUGCACCACACCGUGGGGCACGCGCCGCUCUUCUCGGACGAGUGGAGCGCGCCGGCUCGGGGCGCGAGUCCCCUCGCCGACGAGGCGCCAUCGGGCAGCCGGAGGCACAAGCGCAACGGCCACGGAGGAGGGGCAGCAAACGCGGCGGUGCACGGGCGCAAGGACGGACUGCGGGGAGGGCACGGGGGCCAGCGGGGCAGAGCGGUAGCAGGCGAGCCGUGGUGCCACCGGGUAGACUUCUACAUGAGCUUUGAGCAGAUCGGCUGGGAUGCCUGGGUGAUCCAGCCGAAGAGAUUCAACGCUUACCGCUGCGAGGGCCCGUGUCCAUCCCCUGUGGAGCUUGCUGAGGUUCUUCAAGCCCGACAAGGUGCCACCGCCGUGCUGCAUUCCCACGCGCCUGAGCUCGCUGAGCAUCCUCUACCACGAGGAGAACACCGUACGGGUCAUGCACCCCCGCGACAUGGUGGUGGAGGAGUGCGGGUGCCACUGACGGCGGGGGGGGGGGGGGGCGCGUCCGCGUGUGGGAACCUUUGUCCCACGGAGGAUGUCACGGAGGAGGUCGGGAGCACGGUGUUGUGUUGUUCGCGUUUGCAUCGCGCUCCAGCUCGCGUUUCUGUUCGCUCGGCCACGCUAUCCUCGCGGUCACUUCCCCCUGGGGUUUUCAUCUUUCCAUUUUGUUUUUAUUCGAGUACGGCAAACCCUUGCCCAUCGCGGGGGUGGGGGGGGGGGUUACGUUGUUGAAAAUAGCUGCAGUCGGCAAGUCCGCUAUCUGCAAAGGCAAAUCUGAGGAUUGGUUCAGCGUUCAUAAGACGAAUCCUCUUGUUGGAUGUUCACCUACAUCAGGGGUCGGCAACCAAAAUAACAAGAAGAGGAAUGGCCACAAUGCACUGCGUGGUGAAUACGAGACGGUGGCCCUUAACAAAUAGCAUCACGAAGCAGUCCUUAAAGAGCCGACCCCUUGCCCUACAUCAACCCAAACACAACACCGGAAGUAGCUUGAACGUAAACUCUAAUUGUUUUCUUCUCCUGUUCAAUAUAACCUCACGGUAAAUGUAUAAGGAUGAGAACAAUCCACGUAGUGUAUGCUAAUGCUGCGCACAUAUCCGUGAGCAGUAUUGUGUACACUACAGGAAGAAAAAUUGUACGGCCGGACCUCGCGGCCUCCUGACUGGAGGCUGGAAACACCGCAUGGCCCGGGACCCGCGAUAUGCCGCUUGGGAGACGGAGACAAGAGGGGCGCCGCGUUUGUUCAUACGCAGCAGCAUCGCCGCCAGCAAUGCAGUUACGAUGCGGGCAGGAAUCUCGCGGUCAACCGCGGAUUGGCCGAGCCACAGGGGGCGAACUUCCACCUCAAUGAAUUUAGCGCGAAACCACGAUAGGUCAACCUGCGAGAGGGGGAAGCGUUUGCUGUACAUAUCGUGUAAUUCGAUUAGCAGUCAUUUGGGAAUUUUAUAGGAUCAAAAAUAUAUUUGCGUGUGUGUGUAUAUAUUACGUCUUUACAAAAAACUUAUCAUACUCACAAACUCAAUAGAAAUGUAUAUUUUAUAUAGUGUACUUUAUAACUUGUCAAAAAAUGCAUUUAUGUAGUGCAAGCGUUACAUUUAAAAUGAUCCGCACGUGGGCCUUCCGCCUGUAUGUCAUGUUGCAGUGUAUUUAAAACUGUUGUUCGACAUACUAUUUCUUGCACAGCUGUCCUAUGUGAGCAACUCACUACACGAAUUGUGCACGCGCUAUUAAUCUGAAUGAUUUAUUUUAAGGCUGACAUACAACUCCUGUUAUCCAUGGUAAUGUGUGGAACACGGAGAGUGGACUGGCAGAUUAUCCGCAGUUUAUUCCUCUUGUCCGUGGAGUAAGAACGUGUCUAACCCGCGGAUAAUCGGAUUAAAUUGCAGCAUCAACUCCUCUUAUCCGCGAUAACGCCGGUCGUGUUUCAGUGGCUGUGGAGGGGUUGGUCUGUACGUGACUUCAAAGAUGUCUCGUGUGCCUGUGCUUAUGUCACUGUCUCCGUCUUUGUACAGCACCUUUCACUGUCCCUAUCACCAUGUGUGUUACAGUUCCUGCGUUUUCAUGUGUAUCUCUUUGUCUCUCUAUCCCUCCGUUUCUGUCUUCAUGUCUGUUUAUCUCCAACUGUGUCUCCGCGGUUUCCUGAAUGUCUACGUCUCUGUGUCUUUCAGUGUCUGUGUCACCUCUCUCGGUAUCCGUGUCUUUGUUUCUCAAUGUCUCUAUGGAUCUCUGUUUUUUGUGUGCAUCUUUGUGUCUUGUGUUUCCUCGUCUGUGUCUCCUUGUCUCUCUUCGUAUCUCAUUGUUUUGUGUGUUUGUAUCUCCAUGUCUUUCUUUGCCUCUGUGUGUGUGUCUCUCUCUGUCUCCAUACGUGUAUCUCCAUGUAUCUGUGAGUGUACUCGUGUCUGUGUGUUGUCUCAUGCAGUGUGUUCAAAGCAAGUGGCUGCCUGUGCACUUUGAUCGCAGCAAAUAAAGAUAACUAAAAAUAAUACAAAAUCAUGGAUUAUACAAUGCAUUAUCUGCGAAAAUAUGGUGGAUAAUAGGAUGCCAUUCUGCAGACUCAUGGGAAGUCACGGAUAAUAGGAAGAAUAGGGCUGCGGGUAAUAGGAGUCUAGGAUAAAAGGAGUUCUGUAAUAUAUGAAUUUAUAAUCGUGGAGCAGUAGCAAUUGUCUGCACAUGGCUUCUCAAACAAACUAGAGCACCACCACGUGAUGUCCUUCACAAAUGUUUAUUCUUUGUGUAGAUAAAUUUUAAUAUACCGUAUGUAUGUUUAAAUGUGAUUUUACGAGUAUGACUUUUUAAAAACGCGUCUUUUUUAUGUUUGAAAUGUUGCAAUACAUUCGGUACGUUUGUAUGUAAAUAUAACUAUUUCCGAUGGAAAUUCUACCUUGGUCCUGUUAAUAGAGUUCUAUUACAUUUUAUAGGAUAUUUGUGUCUGCGCACCUCGCAUUUACUGUCGUUUGUCCUCGAUUGUCAUCAAGUGUGUCAUUUGUAAAAUGUUUAUUUGAAAUAAACACACGAUGAAAGAGCCUCACAUGCAAGAA